AUGAUCACCGCCCUCCGAAUGAGGACUAAUUCAUGCGCUAAUAGGGUGGCGAUGAUUCGCGCUGGACCAGUACCGGACCUAAAAUGUAGGCAAUGCGGCACUCAGCUGGAGACUUUGGGCCACAUCUUGGCCAGUGUAGCAAGGUCGAGAGGUAACGCAGUAACGGUGGAACCACCGACAUUCGUGGCUCCCCGUAGCGUUAAUUUCAAAUCUGACCUGGUAAUUCAACGCCAGGGAAGGGUCCUCGUGGUCGACGUCACAGUCCGCCAUGAGGAUGAAAAUAAUUUCGCAAUGGGGCACAAUGACAAAUUGCAUGAAUAUAGCCAACUGCUACCUCAAUUCCGGCAGAGUUUUGUUGUGACCGAUGCCGAAGUCCUACCCAUCGUGGUAGGAACGAGAGGUGCGAUGCCCAGGAGGACUAUCGAGGGAUUGUCCAAAUUGGGCAUCACGAACGAAAGGGAUUUCAUGGACUACAAUGCGCCUCUCCGCCGACCUGAUCGGCAGCCCCCGUGGGGAGUGACACCACUCACGGGGGCUAGAAAACUCUUGGUCAAACUAGCUGCUCGUCGCUGA